AUGUCAUACUGGAUGAGACGGAUAGCUAAUCCGUGGGAACAAUACGCCCUCUUGGUAGACUCGACCAAUCAAAAAGACACUGAUUUCAUAUGGACCAAUCGCUAUCGGUUCAACUGGCUCAACGUGACAGCUGUCAGUCAAUAUAUGGGAGAAGAUCCCCCGCCUAAACCCGACUGGAUAAAAGAAGUCGCGUUUGGCAUAACAGAAGCAGACGUCAAUAUUUUACUGAUCAAACAGUCCUUUCAAGACCCUAACAAGACAUUUGUCAGCAAAAAUGAAACCUUCAAGUGUAAUCGGACCUUUACAUCUUUGAAUUUUGGUCCGAGAUCACCUGCCCCGGAUGUCGUAAACUGCAGUAUCAGUCUUCCAAACUUUGACAGGCAGCUGGAAAACGGCGACAGACUGACCAUGACCUUCAUGACAAAGAGUGGUGGCUAUCGUGAGGUGGUGGAUGUAGAACGUCCCGAUGUUCCGUACCAGACACACGAUUUUCGGGGACAAACGACGACUAAGGCUGUCGAGUUCCGGUUUGAUACGGCUAAACCGAAUCAUUGCAAACUCAAAAACCCGUCCUGUGCAGACAACAUAUUUAGCGUUGAUAAUGACAUCCAUGUAACACAGACUCCAAUUGUCUUGAACUGGAAUGGCUGGACUGACUCUCUGUCUGGUAUGUUCCGCUACGCAUGGGAAGUUUUCAAAUUGGUGCCAGACAUUAGCGGUAGACUGCACGAGCAAUAUCCACUAAAACCCUUGAAGAUUGAGGAAGUGAUGCACGCAAAUCUUAGUAGCGUGACGCCGUCUUACCAACCGACAGAAGUUGGGAUGUAUUCUUUUAUUCUGGAAACUUCAGAUUUGGCAAACAACUCUCGCUUUAUAAGACGCUUAUGUCUGUAUGACCCAUCGUCAGAAAUCAUACUUAAUUCUGAGGCGCUGGAAGUAUCUUCAGCUAGAGGAUUCGGCAACGAUGUCUGGACAUCUAACAUAUCCAAUCCUCUGAUCGUUAGCUGGAAGGAUCAUUUCAUUAACAGGAUUCAUGAAGACAACAAGCUUCUUAACCUCGUGAAAGUCUACCCACAGCAAUUGGAAGAUGGCUUGAAGAGAAUUGAAGACGACGACAAUUACGGUACACGGAAAGUGACAGCCAUCGACAACAGCCGAGGCAUCGUUAAGUUCGAGGUUGUCCAUGCGAAGGACAGCAAUGGAGGAAGAGGACAACUAGAGCCGACGACUGGAUGGAGAAAUUUAUCUUAUUCAACUCUGAGUACAUCUGUAACUCCCAAUAAUCCAAGCAAAGGAGACACUGUCACUAUCUGGGUUCGAGCUAUGGACAUCACAGGUCGAAGGAAGACUGAUAAGAUCAAAGUUCAUUUUGAUGAUACAGUACCAAGUGCAUUGGAACAGGUUAACUUUAAAAGAAAUAUUCUCGGAAAUUACUCAUUUGGAUCUCGAGCUUUACUGACUGUAUUUGACAUGGAAAGCGGUAUUUAUCGAAUGAACAUGACGGUUGUACGAUUGAAAUCAGCUUCUGAUAUGAUGGCUUAUUCAUACAGUAUUCCGACUAUACCUAAAUCAGAAUGCAAGGAUGUGUUACAAGACAACUGUUUUUGCACAAAUAACCAACCUGACUUGUGUCAGAAGAAAACCCAAGUUCUGGAUAUCAAUAACUGCUGGCUGAUGGUUCCAAGAGAUGGACUCGAAUCCGAGACAGUUGAAUUGAGAUUUGAGAUUUUUAAUUAUGCCUUACUGUCUAUCGUUCGAACUGUCAGAGUUUCUGAUUUGUUGACACUGAAUGGUACAGACGCCUUCCUGGGUCCCAUGAAUGUUCGUAACGAGCGAGUCACCCAGACUGGAGCUAGGAUCACGUGGGACCACUCCCCCGCAUGUUACGAACGGACAGAAAUGUGGAUCAACUACAAGAACAAAGAUAGCAAGUUGAUCAAGAAGAAGUUACACAAAGACGCUGUGUAUGAAGAUAUGACUGGACUCGAACCUGGUACCAACUACACCAUGCAACUGAUAUCUCAAUAUGGUGAUAUCAUGAGUGAACCAGUUAACUUUAUCCUCGUAACUCAGCCUGGCCCACCAGAAUCUAGCGGACUAAGUGGCGGAUCAGUUGCUGGUAUCACUAUUGGAAUGCUACUCCUAAUAGCACUUGUAAUCGUGUUGGUUGGCUUUGUUCUGUGGCGCACUGGACGGCUUCCGUGGUUUACUAGGAAGCUGCCAUGGCGACUACAUGAGGAAUAUGGCGGGGCAGACCACGUAACCAUCAGCAACCCUGUAGUGGACACAAAGGUGAAGAACGCCGGACCAUCUCCAGCUUCUGUUGCUGUGUUUAAUAACGCCUAUUCAGCGGAUGAUGAAAUCUACCUGUAUGGAAGCAUGAACUUUGAAGCGCGACAACCUUGGUAUAUCCACCAGGACCACCUGACGCUGGUGAAACUCAUCCACACAGGACGUUUUGCUCACGUCUACACAGCCACGUGGAAGGGCGCUCCUGCAGACAAAGAUGAAGUCAUUGCUAAGAUGGCCAAAGAUGAUCACACAGAAGAUGAUGUUCUAACCAUUAUGGCAAAGAUCAACUUUCAAGCCACCCAAGUUGGGGAGCAUCCAAACAUCUUACGAUUCUUCGGAGCUGUUGUGGACAAUGAUGAGUUGGGUCCUAUAAUGGUUUUGGAAUAUUGCGAGAUGGGUCAGCUUGACCAAUGGUUGUCCAAACAGCAAGGAAAGACAACAGAUGACACCAUCGAGAAGAUGCAGAGGAUUUCCAUGGAGAUCGCUCAGGCCAUGGCAUAUCUGACGUCACGAGGGAUUGUCCACAAGAAGCUUGCAGCAAGAAAUGUUCUUCUGACUUUCGUUCUUCAAGCGAAGGUCACAGGGUUUGGACCUCAACGUGGAGAGAACAAGGAAGAGGACGAGAACUCCAAAGGGGAUCGUAUUCCUAUCAAAUGGACUGCCCCGGAAUGUCUCAAGACUUUGAAAGACGCCGAUGAAAAGAGUGAUGUGUGGUCUUAUGGCGUCGUUCUGUGGGAAAUAUUCACUUUGGGACAAACUCCCUACCCGAGCAUUCGAAGUCGUGACAUCGCCGGCAAACUGAAGGGUGGCUACAGACUUGGACAGCCCGAGUUCUGUGAAGAUAUCCACUACAAAAUGAUGCAGGACUGCUGGGCAGACAAAGCGAGAAACAGACCAACCUUCAAGAAACUGGUUGACCAGCAAGAGUCCUUAUUCGGCAUGCAGCCCUCAUCAAACGACUUCUACUACUACGAGAAACGAUAAUUAACCUGGUCACUGAAUGAAACUUUUGAAAAUUUAUAAAAAGUAUAUUUAAGAAGAAACAUUUCGGAUUUGUUAUUUACAUACGCGCAGCGUGCAUUAUGACAAGGAAUUUGAUUUGUAUACUACUAGAUACUAAACUGAUUUCAGAUUCAAAUCUAGAAAUAGAUGUUUAUUGCACCAAGCAGUUUCAAAUACUGAACAAUAAUUCACUAAUAAUGUGCAUGGAGAUCAUGUUAAACGUACCAACAUAAUGCUUUUUAGUGAGAAUAAGGCAAUAGUCAUUUUAUAAUAUGUUUCAAGAUUUCAUUAUAGAUAUGGAGGUAAUAUAAUUAUUCAGUAUCUAUAAACUAACUAUUGAGAAAUAGUUUUACAUAAACAAUUUUUGAAUGCUAUAUAUCGCGUUUCAGUAUAUUAAUCAGUACGUAAUAGUAAAUAAAGAGUAUGCUACUGAGAAUAUUUAGUUUUAGUGGUAGUUUUUCACAUUUUGUUCAAAGAUGAUUAAAUUUAUAUGCGAUUUAUUGAGGUGGAAGAACUGAAAAAGCACAAAGUAAAAUUAUAUAUAAAUUUCUAAUUUAAGAGUAAUAGUUUUCCUGAAAUUACCAGUCCAUGACCUGAUUAACAUGUUACUAUUCAAAUACAUUAUAAAUAGGUGUUCAAAUGUUGUUGUUCUUUUAUAUACAAAUCGAUACAUUAUUAAGGUGUGUCAUUACUUUUUGUAAACUUGAAAGUCAGUUGGUAUUUCCUGUAAUGUACAAGUUGUUAUAAAUGUGCCGUCCGAUUUUUAAAAAUAAAAUGAAUAUAGAAGGCCUAUUUCGCAACAUGUAUUACACUAUUUCUG